AUGAUGGACCCUCAAAAGCAUAUAUGUUGGAAUCAGCAUGUGCUGAUAACUUUACCAUCUGAGAAAUCGAAGAUUACAGAGUUAAGACCAGAUGGAACUGUAUCCUUGGGCAAAUUUGGUGCUUUCCGUGUUAAUGAUGUGGUUGGUUUUCCAUUAGGUACUAAAUUUGAGAUAUUUUACGAUGAAGAGACAGAUAAAUGGAAUGAAAUGCAGAAACAGAAAAAUGGAGGUAAGGAGAAAAAUCGUAUACCAGUAGGAAAAGUGAGGGUGUUAACUCAAGGAAGGGAUAAUCCAGCUGAAUACUGUUCUGAGUUGAAUGAGGGCGUAGAAGAGAACAGACUAAAUAGUGAUUCUUUAAAUGUCACUGCUUUUACUACAGGUAGUAGUGAAUCUAACAGAAAUUUAAUUGAUAGAGGGCAUGAUGUUCAAAAGUUGAGUGCAGAAGAUAUCGAACAAUUAAAACAAAAAAGUGUUACAAGCCAAGAAAUUAUUAGUCAGAUGAUUAAAUCCCAUGGUUCCUUUGAUAAAAAGACUGUCUUUUCGCAGGAGAAGUACUUACAACGUAAGCAACGGAAAUUUGAUAAGAUUUUUACUGUCAAUUACUUGAGUGGUUCUGCAUUAUUGCAAUACUUGAUCGAUAAAAAUGAUAUUCAACGUAUCAUGGAUAUUUCAGAAGAAUCAAUGGGUAUGAUCCUGAAUUUAGCCAAUAUCAGAUCCACUGGAACAUAUCUAUGUAUGGAUGAAACUGGUGGAUUAUUAGUUUAUUUUAUAAUGGAAAGGAUGUUUGGAAAUGGUGCUGAAAAUGUUGAUCCAAGUGUGGGUAAGAUUGUAGUGUUACAUGAAAACGAACAUGUUAACCUUGACCUUUUAAAAUUUUCCAAUUAUUCAGAGGAUUUCAUUAGUAAGCAUGUUAUUACAAUACCUCUAUUGGACUUUUUUGAACCUUUAACAAGAGAAGAGAUUGAAUCUCGUUUUACACCGUUACCUAAGGAGGAGGUAUACGAAUUGAAGGCUAGUAAGAAAAAUUCAUAUUAUCGAAAAUUAAAAUGGCAAAAGACACAAUUAGAACUAUUAAAAUAUAUUAAUGAUGUUCAAUACGACGGGAUGAUCCUUGGUACCACAUUACAUUUGCCUGAUCUGGUUAAAAGAUUAGGAGAUCACAUCCAUGGAUCUAGACCUAUUGUCUGUUAUAGUCAGUUUAAAGAAGUUUUACUUGAAUUAUCUCAUUCUUUGUAUAAUGAUUUAAGAUUCUUAGCACCAACAAUUCUUGAGACUCGUUGCCGUCCUUAUCAAACAAUACGAGGUAAACUACAUCCAGUGAUGACGAUGAGAGGUGGUGGUGGCUAUAUAAUGACCUGUAUCAAAGUUAUCCCUGUUUCACCAUCCAUGGUUGAGGGUGCUAAAAUAUUAACACAUGUGGAAAGUUAA